GAUCAUUUCCACAUCACACAUUCAAUUACCGUCACCGCUGAACUCAAAGCAGGUUAAUAAUUCAGAAUGCUGAAGAUUGCCGUGUUGCUCGCCGUCGUAGCUGUAGCCAGAGGUGGAUUCAUCCACGGUGCUGCCGGUGGUGUCAGUACAACUUCUCGUUCUCAAGACGAUUUUGGUAAUUACAGAUUUAACUACCACAUUACGGAUCCUCUUGGUGCAUCCAACUCACGUUGGGAAGCUGGUGAUGCUCACGGCAACCAGGUUGGUUCUUACACUAUCAGAGAUAUCGACGGUCGUGCCAGAAAUGUCAACUACGUAGCUGAUGGAGCUGGAUUCCGCGCCAAAAUCCAUACCAAUGAACAGGGCACUGCCACCAGCCUUCCUGCCGCUGCUGCCGUCGUCUCUAGCCAGCCUGGAAUACCCGCAGUUGGUCCAGCUACCGUUCGUGUGGCUCAUGCUGCCCCCGUUGCUGCUGUUGCUGCCGCCCCUGUUGCUGCAUUUGCAGCCCCUGCCGUAGCUGCUGUUGCUCACGGACCUGCUGUUGGAUUCGGUGGUUAUGGUUUAGGCUACGGACUGGGAGGUGGCUUUGGUGUUGGUGGUUACGGACUGGGACAUGGCUAUGGUAUUGGCGGUUACGGACUGGGACAUGGCUAUGGUGUUGGUGGUUACGGACUAGGACUUGGACUUGGUCAUCUAGGAGCCCUAGCCCAUCACUGAGCCAUCAGUGGCGAACAAAUAUUUUGUAAAUUAAUUUACAUCCCCAGUCACUCGUCCAGUCACCAGCUUUUUCGUUUCUGCCGCGUGUUCUGUAGUUUGUCUGCCCUGCAUAUAUUCAAAUGUAAAAAUAUUCAAAUAUUUCAAUUUAUUUAGCUUGUUUAUGCUUUAACAGCUUUUGUUUGUCGUCUGUAUAGUCUUUAAGUUAUCAGUAAUAAAAUAAC